GAGUAAUGGGAGAUAUAUUCCGAAAAGAAAAAAAUAACAUUUUACACGUUUAGAACAGAACGAUCUGACUAUGAACUGACCUAGAGCACAGUUCAAGCAAAUUACACAUUACCGAAGGUCAUAAAUCUACCGGGAAAGAACAGAAAGGCGUGUUCGAAGUGAGAGAAAUUUCAUUCGGGAAAAUAAAAUAACAAAGAUGGUGGACCGACUGGUGAACAGUGAGGCAAAUACACGGCGUAUUGCCAUGGUGGAGUCCUGUUUUGGGACUUCUGGGCAGCCGUUAAAUGUACCUGGCCGUGUGUUGGUAGGGGAGGGCGUUCUAACAAAGAUGUGCAGAAAGAAGCCCAAACCAAGGCAGUUUUUCCUCUUCAAUGACAUCCUGGUAUACGGAAAUAUUGUGCUCAAUAAAAAGAAGUACAACAAGCAGCACAUCAUCCCUCUAGAAGAAGUUCAGCUCUCGUCAAUAGAAGACGAUGGACAGUUCCGUAAUGGCUGGUUGAUCAAGACCCCAACAAAAUCCUUCGCUGUGUAUGCCGCAACAGCAACAGAGAAGGGAGAAUGGAUGGCACACAUUAAUAAGUGUGUCACAGACUUGCUACGUAAAAGUGGCAAGAAGGCAGCAGAGAAACAUGCUGCUGUGUGGGUCCCAGAUGGUGAGACGCAGGUGUGCAUGCACUGCAAGAAGACCCAGUUCACUCUUAUCAAUAGAAGGCAUCAUUGUCGCAAGUGUGGAAAAGUAGUGUGUGGACCAUGCUCUAGCAAGAAGGUUUUGUUGAUUCAUCAGUCCAACAAGCCCCUUCGUGUGUGUCUUACUUGCUAUGACGAAUUGUCAUCGGCGCAGACAGAGACUGGAAAUGAGACACCCAUCAACUCAAUGGCAGGUAGGAUGAUUGACAUCACAUUAGAGGGUGAUGAUAUAGGAAAGGAUAGUGAUUCCAACGAGGACAUAAGCAUCGCACAGAUGGAUAAUCCAAAUGUGGAAUCGGGUCCGGUUCCCCCCCCUCGACGUACCUCCAGAGCCCGAACUGGGGAGGACAAGGAUAAACAGGAAGGAAACAUCGGGGCUGAUCUCGUUGACAUUCCUUGCGACUUGUUUGGGGAUCCAAACGACAAGCAAGACGACGAUGCCCUUCCGCCUACCCUGUGGUGGGAUGACAUCGAUUUGAAGGAACCACUUUCUGACGGAGAGGGAGAGGAAGGUAUGAAAGAGCGAAAUGACUCUUCCGGAGACGAUGACUCAGAUGACGACACGGAUGACCCUUCAUUGCAGUCACCCCAGUCGCCAACAGAGACGAUGACAUUCUACGAAGGGGGUGAAGCAAGUAAUGGCGAAGCUUCAACCAUGCUAGAUGCCUCAGCCUCCUCAGCCGUGGAGACACCAGCUGCCAGCGAUGCCUCUACUGCUGAUGCAACCCCUAAUCCUACUGAAUAGAUGUAAAAGUGGCCUUACAGUAACACCAAAUCACCAGCUCUCAGAAAAAUUAGUAUUAGGAAAUUUUUGGAUGUGGACAAUAGCAAUAGGGGACUUUCUCACUGGCAUGGAAUGACUUUUACUGCUCCAAUCAUUGCAUAAUGUUGAAAAAUCAUGAACAGCCUUAGAUCCUUGGGUGUUGGGUAAUACUGAAGUAGCAUAAGGUAAAAUUGGGUACAGGAGUUACCAUGAACAAAGAUGAAUAAAAGCAUAGAGGAUUGUGAUCCAGUUACUAUAUAUCUCAAAUAGGAGUGUAGUGGAUGAUAUUAUUAUGAGUGUAUGUGCCUUUAAUUAGAUUUCCUUGAUUACCUUUUACCUACAGACAUCAACUUACAUUUACACUCACUCACAAACUUAAACACAGACUCACAAUCAUCCUCACUUUGUCUAUUUUCUCAUCUGCUUUCACUUUCUCAUACAUAUUUACUCACACACACAUACACACAUUUCAAUUCUUUACAUGUGUAUGUGUGCAGAAUGAGUAAGAGAAGAAAAUGUGUCAGUGUUACUGCAUGUGCAACAAGAGUGAUAAAUGUGAUAGCAGUUGAAGAAGUUGGCUUCUUGAAAUCAACUUCCUUGCGAUCAGUGUGCAUACAUGUUUUAUUUUGUAUACCAAUAGAUAUAUUUUAUGCAUGGGAUCACAAUAUGGUUUGUUACAAAUUUCAGUGAUUUGGCUGUUGGUGACUUGCAAAUAUUAUCUCCCUCCAUGUGUCCAGUAAAGGUUUUUUUUUAUCAGUUUAACUACAUUAUAGUCAAGCUAGAUGCAUCUCCUAUGACAUUUUUUUUUCUGUAUAGUUGACUGUCAUUAUAUAAGGAAGACUAAGUUUGGGAAAUGGAACUGGAAUCUUUUUUUUUCUCUCUCUAUCACUAUACAGUUUAUAGUUGAUUCCUCUGCUGUCAUCUAUUCUUGUAGUGUUCUUUGCCUAACCCAAUACAGUUGCAUGGGAAGCUUUGGUAAAUUUUUACUUGCUAGGAGAUCAAAGUAUUUCUUAAUUUGUACUUCCUUACAUUAGUCCUUAAAAAAAAAAUCUUUGUCAGCUUAAAUUGUUUGUCAUUGUUUCUUUUUUAUUACUGUUUUUAAAUGUGAUUAAAUGUGAGAUUUUAUUUCAGUGACUAUUUUAGGAGAUAGAAAUGCAUAGCUCCUUGAAUUUUAAGAGAUGUAUUGAAAGAAAGAAUAAUAGAUAAUCAAAAGAGCUUUUACUGUCUUUGUAAUCAUAUGCAUUGUUGCUUCUGCAUGCAUGAGAUGCUAGCAUAUUUUGUUCUUUAUCGUGUACUAGGAUCAGAGGUCUGAAGCUAAUUGCAGGGUUCUUGUAAAACCAUAUUAUUCACAUUCAUCUUUGUUUCCUGAACAAGAUAUGUCUGCACUUGUAUAUUAAUUUUUGAUUAUUCAUAUAAAACACUUUAAUUUAACCAUUUUGCUUUGGAGAUACCUUGAUGUUUUGCAUUGUUUUGUACUAUUAAGAAAUGUGUUGAUAUUGGACAGAGCUAUAGAUAGUGGUACAACAGGUCACCAUGUAACUAAGAAAAGAGAUGUCUGCCUUUAAAAGGGGUAAGAAAUCUGAUGAAGUAGAUUUACACAAGUUACCCCUUUUUUUUUAAAGAUCUGACAUCCCUUUUUCUUUUCUUUUUUUCGUACAUUAUAUCAUGCAUCCUAUUUGUUAUUCAUAUGAAUCAUGUUUAUUGUUUAAGAGAUAUUUAACCAAGACAGUUUGCGAAAGAUUCUUCAUUCCUCUUUUUUUUUUUCUUUCUCUUUCACUCUCAGUUUUCUUUCAAAUUUCCAAGGUGUAUUUUUAUUUUCGUCUUCUGUGUCUUUGUGCGUCACUACCUUACAGUCUUUACAAUCAUUUAGAAAUAUAUUGAAACAUUAUUCAUGGAAUUGUAGCAUUGAAUACUCACCCUGAAAUCUCUGGUGUGAUUUAAGGAAUCUGUGUUGUCCAAAUUUCUGUCAUGGAAAAUAUAUUGGGAAAUUGUCUGGGAAACAAUCAGCUGGCUUUUUUUCCAUCAUGAAAACCAUUUUCUGAUUUUUAAACAUAAUAUCAUUUUGUUUUUUGUAGCAAUUAUGAAUAUCCUGAAUACCAUAGGAAUAUCAGAGGUUACUCAAAAUUUGGAAAACAUGGUUUUUAUCAAUAUAGUUCACUUUUUUAAAGUUACGCUGAGGGAUUUUGGUUUUCACCUCUCACCUUUUUACGGAUAAUGCUAUUACUUGAUGUUGAUAUGGAAGACAUAUAUUAGUUUGCCCAUCAUUAAGUUCAACAUUGCUAAUCAUUCUCAUUAACUCUUUAUUGGACAGGCUUGUGAUACAGAUUAGUCACAUGCAUUUAUGGACUUUCAGUCUUAUGAUUAAUGUUUGCUGAUUAGACCUGAUUUCCCCCCAAAAAAAAUUAAGAAGCCUAGGAAUCAUGAGCAAUGUUACUUUUGAAUAUUAUCAGGCAGCUUAGACAUGUCUUUAUUUUCAGGUAUGAAACUAUAGUUGAUUUAAAGCUUGGAUUUUUUUCUCUAGAUCUGUACAAACAAAACAGUCUGAAUGAGUUAUAGUGUGUAUAUCUAGUAUGAAUUUCUUUCUUGCAUAUUGAUUAGGACAUUAUUUGCACAUUCAUUUAUAUAUACAUAUAAAUAAAUAUAUAAAUAUUACUUCAGUUCAUUGUUCACUAGUAGGGUUAGUGUACACUUUUUUUUAAUUAUUUUUAGAAAAGUAUGGUUUAAAAGACAUGUUGAUCACAAUGAGGAAAAUGAGCAUUGAUCAUGUUCUGGUAAGAUUUGUUAUAUCACCAUGAUCGUUCUUUUUUAUUCUCUAUCUGCUACAUGCCAGUAGUGAAUAACAACAAAAGCUUACGUGUUGUACUGCUCUUGCACUAACUUGGCAUGGUAUCCUUUUGGGGGGGAGGGGAGUGGGGGGGACUGCCAUAUUUGUAAACUGUUUGGGUGUAAAUUGAAUUUAAGUAGCAGAUUACAAACACAAAGCAUGGUAAGAAUGAGAAACUACAUGAACAUCUUGUAUGAACUAGCCAGUUGCUUAUAGAGCAUGGCUACUGCACCAAGUUAGUGAGAGUAGUAUAGUAUUGCCUUAAGAGCACAUAGACUGCCUUUACUUUAAACUCGGGUAAUAUUCCUUCAUGCUAAACACAUGGAUAACUUUCUGAGUUGAUAAUAAAGUAGUAUAAAUAAUUUUUAUACCAUGUGUCAAGGUCUUUGUGCUAGAAAGCCUAGUAACAUAUAUUAUCUUCCUCAACUCAUACCCACUCAUUUCCCUGACUCCUGAUGUUCAGUACAUCAAAAUGUAAAAGAUUAAAUGUUGCAAACCACAUGCUUUCUGUCAUUUCCUCACCAUCUGCUACACUCAGACAUUUGAACAUCCAAAAAUAUACGCAUUCAAGCAUAAACUUGCCCUUGUGUGUACACUCACCCGAGCAUUCACUUACACUCACACUUAUACACUGGUAAAUUCUCUUCCCAUUUUUUAAUUUCUUUUUGUGGGUAUUAUUACAGAGGAAGUUCUCUUUUUCCUGGAGGCUUUCAGAAUAGAUCACUUGUGUAUAGGAGGCUUCAACAUAGAAACACAUUGCUUUAUUUCACAAUUAAUGAAUAUUACCAUCAUCAAAGAAUAAAAAAGAAAUAGUAAUUAUUUGCUCAUAUUGGAAACAAACUGAGGUAAGGCUGGCAUAAUAGUUUGUAGAAUCAUAACAUGUGCCCUCCAGAGACUGUGCCUUGUAUGAAGCGAGAGAAAAGUGAUAUUGUAUAUUUCAUGGUUUAAUGUAUGGUUUUAUAAUACAAGUCAGGACUUUUCCUUUUUCUUUUUAUUCUUUGUUUGCUUUUUUAUAUUCAUUCAUAUAACUGACAUUCCACUGCACCUGUUGCACAGGGAAAGGUUGCCCCUUUUGAUCAGUUUUUGUACUCUUGGCACUCUCCAAAUGGCAGUAUACUCUCCAGCUCUUUUGGAAUUACCUGUUACAGUUAAUGAUGAACUGCCUUCACAGGCCAACACAUUAAUCUGUAGUAGAAGCUGCUACUAUAGUGUUUCCUGCCAAUUGCAGAGCAACUCAUCAUAAAUGCUAUUGAUCAUUUACUGUUAUCUGCUAAAGCAGGACAUGCAUUAUAGUUAUUACUUUCGCUGUUGGUCAGUUACUGUUGCAGUUCAAUAUUUAAGACACUGUUAUAACUACAAAUUAUUUAUUUUUAAGUGCUUGAACAAUUAACAGUAAAUGUAAGCAUGAGGAGCACCCUUCAUGCUAUAGAUCCUGUGCUGGAGCAAUACAAAACAGCAUUUAUGCAAUUGAUCACAUGCUGUUAACUGCCAGUGCAGAGUAGCCCUUAAAGACAUAUAUUGUGUCCAUUGUCCAUUGUCAAUGUGGAGCAAACACUAAAGACACUUCAUAUGCUGUCGAUUACAUGCUACUGCAGAAUAAUACUAAACACAUGAUGUAUGUUACUGAUCAUUUACUGAUAAUUGCUAAAGCAGAGCAAAACUAGAGGCACCAAAUCCUAGAAGUUCAGGUGCAGGAAGUUUGGCUCAGAACUGUCAGAAGUUUCAGGUCCUGACUUAGUAAUAACAUGCUUUCCUAAUGUUGCAUUUUGAGAAGCAUAAUUGCUUUAAAAUAUGGUUGUUUUAAAUGUAUUAUUUUAUUUGUGGAUAUUCAUACAGCUGAUAUAUUGUAUAUGCUAUCAUCAUAUAUAUGAUUGGAAAGUUGUGUCUUCCAUGAUGGUAUAUAAAUUCAAACUUCCUAAUUCCUUUGAUAAUAUAUGCUUACCUUUUUA